AUGGCCGUGUCACCCCGUUUGAGAACGACUGGUGAAGAUACAUCCAUGGCUAAAUCAGCAGAAGAUCCAAUUGGUGAUGUGGAAAUCAGUACGAAAAGUGCUAGUGGCAACAGCGAUGGCAACAACAAGAAUUCGCCAGACGGAAGCAGUGUUGGCCAGGAACCAGAACUAGAGCACAUCCCAGAGGAGAAUGACUCCGCUGAUAAGGAAGCAGAUCAUGAGGAUUGUGAGGCAGCCACAGCGAAGAAGAGGAAAAUUCAACCAUUGAAGAAUCCCAAGAAAUCACUGAAGAGGGGUAGGGUUCCAGCGCCUUUGAAUCUAUCGGAUAGCAACACUAAUACACAUGCUUGUAGCUCUAAAGAGGGCAGCUUGGCUUCGUCUAACUCAGCACAUUUUCCUUCUGUUAUUAAUCAGAGCGUGAAAAGCGCGCCUGCACAAGUUACACAGCAUUCUAAGUUCCAGCCUCGUGUACAAUACUUGGGAAAGGCCAGUUCUAGACAAUCCAUUCAGGUGAACAAUAAUAGCAAUAAUUACGGGAAAGUACACAUGCCUUCGGCGGGCGUCAUGACCGCGAUGAAUCCUUACAUGCCCAUGAACCGCUACAUAAUGUCACCAUACUAUAAUCCGUAUGGUAUUCCUCCGCCUCACAUGCUGAACAAGCCCAUAAUGACACCCUACGGCUCGUAUCCAUAUCCGAUGGGUCCGCGAACCUCCAUCCCUUUUGCUAUGCAAGGCGGCAACACUAGACCCUACGAAGAGAAUGAGUACGGUGGUAGCAGCUACAGGAACAAGAGAGUAAAUGACUCUUACGAUUCGCCCUUGAGUGGCACUGCUUCCACUGGGAAAACCAGAAGAUCUGAAGAAGGUUCAAGAAAUUCUAGUCCGGGCUCAAGUGCGAAUGCCAGUCCCACGCAACAGCGCACUGAUUUGCGCCCAACCUCUGAUAUGAUUCCUACGGAAGAAUACCAUUUUGAACGGGAUGCCUUACUCUCGGCCAACACCAAAGCUAGAAGCGCGAGCACGAGCACAAGCACGAGCACAAGCAUAAGCACAAACAGAGACAGGAGUUCAUGGCACGAGGCAGAAGCCAAUGAAGAGGAUGAAGAGGGUACGGACUUAGCCAUCGAGGACGGAGCGGUCCCCACUCCGACUUUUACUACGUUCCAGCGGGCUUCGCAACCACAGCAGCAGUCGCCCAGUCUUCUUCAAGGCGAAAUCCGACUCUCGUCCCAUAUUUUUGCCUUUGAGUUCCCAUUGAGCUCUAACAAUGUUGACAAGAAAAUGUUUAUGAGCAUAUGUAAUAAGGUAUGGAAUGAAUCGAAGGAACUGACAAAAAAAUCAUCAUCACACCACAAAACAGGCAAGUAG